AAUAUAUCUUUCAAAUUCAGAACACAGAGUUUCUACGUGGAAACGAAGAAAAUAUCUCACCAUCAUACCCGCGAUCAGUGAUAAUAAUACAAAAGUGUGCCGAAAUGAUGCUCAAGGACAUUCUAACCACCCUUUUUCUUCUACAGCAUGAAAAUCCUUACACUCAUUCUUUUAUUGGCUCGAAUUCUCUUCACCCAUGCAGUCUAUGCCCCAUUACGCGAAUACGCGGGGCAGAGCUUUUUUUCUGGGUGGAACUUUCCAGGCAAUUACGACAAUACCACUUGGGGGAACGUCACAUUUGUUGACCAGACUACUGCGUCCAUGAAUAAAUUGGCAUACGUCAACGAUGCUGGUAACGCUAUCUUACGAGUAGAUAACACUACCGAUAUCACUGGUACUGGACUCAUUUAUCGCGACUCGGUCAAGUUGACUUCUCAGGAUCUCUAUCCUUUGGGAAGCCUCAUUACAAUAGACCUUAUUCACAUGCCAUAUGGAUGUUCGGUUUGGCCAUCGUUCUGGACUUUCGGAGGCACCGACUUGGAGUGGCCUAUGUACGGGGAGAUUGACAUCAUCGAAGGUAUUAACCUUAAUACCAACAAUCAAAUGGCGCUACACCACAACGAUUCGUCCUGUGUGCAAUCUCCGAACCCUGGACAGAGCGGAAAGACAGUUAACGCAGACUGUACCAACGGUGAUCCUGUAGGGGCCACUGGAUGCGCCGUCACUGAGACUAAGCCGAAUAGUUUUGGGGAAAGUUUUUCCCAGAACGGUGGAGGAGUCUUCGCGCUGCAGUUCGACAUGUCUGGAGCGUUCAUCUGGUUCUGGUCGAGACAAAACAUACCAAAGUCGAUUACCUCUGCUACAUCGACGUCGAACAUGGAUACAACAGAUUGGGGCACACCUUCAGCAUCUUAUCCGUCUAGUGGAUGCGAUCUUCAGAAACUGUUCAAGCCACAAAAGUUGAUUCUCGAUAUCACGCUUUGUGGGACUUGGGCUGGCAUACCUAGCAUAUUCAAUACCCAGUGCUCCGGACAAUGCGUGCAAGAUUAUAUCAUGGGACCAGGCAGCCCAAAAUACGACAACGCGUGGUUCGAGAUAUCCUAUAUUAGAACGUAUACUGCUGCUGCCGGCAACGCCACCAGCAGUGGAGUAGUAUCGACCGCUACUGGAACGACAACUCAUGUAGUGACGAGUACUUCUGGUAGAGCAACAGCAUCUGCAUCUGCUACUGGCACCUCUUCCCCGUCUUCAGCUGGACGUCCUCAUUCCACUAUUUCUUGGGUUUUAGUUGUGUCUUUGCUGUGUCUUGUCUCGCUGGGCUUGUAGUGGUAGAGUGCUUUCAGCCCUUGAUUGACCUUAAUAUGAUUAUACCCCUUGCUUACAUAUGCAGACAUGAUGGAAAACAGG